AUGCGACUUCACCUGGAUUUCGCCGAGCCCGUCAAAGGAAAGUCUCUCUUGGUCUUGGUGGACUCCUGCUCGAAAUUGGUAGACGCCGCUUUCCUCCAACCCUGCACCGCCUCUGUCUUGGUGGAGCAUCUGAAGAUCGUUUCCCGACUUCUGGGAGUUCCGGAAACAAUAGUGACUGACAAUGAUCCACAAUUCACAUCCUCGGAAUUCGCCGAGUUCUGCGCAGAAUUCGCGAUUGUGCAUCUUCGGUCGUCGCAUUACUGUCCCCAGAGUAAUGGCCAGGCUGAGAAAACGGUGGACACUCUCAAGAGAGCAAUGGAGUCACCGGAUCAACGAUCUCUGGAUGCAGCCGUCGCAGCUUAUGAUGACACUCCGAAUCAGGCACUGGAUUGGAAAACUCCGACCGAGGUUUUCUCCGGAAGACAACUCAGACUGCAGUUCGCAACCUUGAGGUCAGAGCUCGCUUUCAUUCCUGCUGCUGCUGAGAAGUUCAAAGAAAAUUACGAUAUACAUCACGGCACCAGUUCUUUUGUCGCAGGGGAAGAGGUGCUGGUUGGGCUCAACAAUAGACGCCGAGUGCCUGGAAUAUUUGUCGAACGCGUGGGCGCGGCCAUGGCUAACGUAGAAGUUGAAGGCGAAAUUCUUCGUCGGCAUAUCGAUCAGUUCUGGAAUAGGAGGGUUUUCGCUUUGCCACAAGCUGAGUCUGACGACGAAUAUCCUCUACCGUCAUUCGCUUACGAGAAAACUUAG